GCUGACAUAACCUCAUUCUAGUCUAGGCAGCGCAACUAGAGCUUUCUGCAACUUUCAAAUUCAAAGUUUUUAUACCCCUAUUCGAACUGGGAGAACGAGAAGAAAAAUAAAUCUCCCUUAUAACUAUCAUUGAAACAGAGAUGCCCCUUUGAUCUGAAUCAAGAAUAACGAAAAACGUAUCUUACAUUAUGUCAAAUUUUCUGGUCUAGUGAUGAGAAAUAUGGAAAAGCAUUUUAUAAGAAUAGCAACCAGCGGUAUUCACAUGAGAAAUUCCAGAAAAAAAACUGAACUCGAAAAGGAGACACUCGAAAACAUUUUGAAAUUAUACAAGAGUCCAAAUGUGACUAGCCUUGAAGGAAUAUCAGAACUUGAUUUAUCGAAUUGUAAACUGUUUGAUAUUACGUGUGGCCUGAAAGAACUACAAUUGAGGAAACUCAACUUAUCUAAGAAUGAGAUGACUCAGGUACCAAGAUGUUUCUAUUUAGGUCUGGAAAUCUUGGAGUUUCUUGAUAUAUCAUACAAUAAGAUCAACAGUUUUGAUGUUGAACCCAAUUGUUGUAGUACAUUGAAAGUUUUGAUUUUAUGUUCAAAUAAUCUAAAAGAUAUACCGCAAUGGAUAAUGAAUCACCGUGCAAUUAGAUUGAAAGAACUCUAUUAUGAUCUCAAUAAAAUUACAUCUUUGCGAUGUAUCUUUGGAUCGACUAUGCUAUUCUCUGUAGCAAAAUUGAGUUUGAGAAACUGUUACGUGAGAGAUGAAGACUUUGACUUCCUUAAGAACUGUAGAUAUUUGGAAGAAUUAGAUAUAAGUAAUUCAGUUGAAAGUUCUGUAAAUCUUAAUUCUUUAAAGGCAGUCGAUAAAUUGUUAUAUCAACCAAAUUGGAAAAAUCUUAGCAUUUUGAAGAUGAAUAAUUUAUCUUUGUCAGUAUUUCCUGAUGCCCUCACUUGGCUAGAGGGGUUGACAGAACUUCAUUUAGCAAAUAAUUACUUAGUCUGGUUACCAAAAGAUGGCCUAGAGUUUUUUGUGAAUUUAGAAGUGUUAAAUGUUUCACACAAUUCCAUAUCAUGUCUUCCAGAGAAACUCACAUGGCUAAUAUACCUUAAGGUUUUAAAUUUAAGCUAUAAUACACUGGAAGAGACAUGUGACUUCACAAAAAUGAAAAGUUUGGAAAUUUUGGAUCUAUAUAGCAAUAAAUUAGAAAAUUUCAGUCAAAACUUUGUCUGUACAAAUUUAAAGUGCCUUGACUUGGAAAUGAAUUUAUUUGACACGAAAGAAUAUAAUCUAGCAACUUAUGAGGAGAUGAAAAAAGAAUUGAGAAUGAGAAUUCCUGAAGAAAAAAGAUAUGAUGGAGCCACACAACUUGAGACAAAUAGUUGGAAAUCUUCUGAUGAUGAGAGUUACAGCUAUUCUGGAGAUGAUGCUCCUCUUUCAGUUUUGGAAGAUUGGGAUGAGGAAAUCAAUCUUCGUGAACAAAUAACAGCAUCAGACAAUGAAUGGACUGGAGAAUCCCCUACAUUACCGCACAUUCCAAUAACUCAUUAUGAAAAACCAAGUAUUUACAAUGAUGAAGUACUUUUUUGUGAUGCAGAUUAAUUUUUUCAAAAAUUUUUGAUUUGUUAUUUGCGUUUCUUUGAAAUAUUUUAUUGUUUCAGUUUCUGUAGUUUUCUAACAAUAAAUUAUUUUUUUAUAUUU